CAGCCAUGGAUUACCGAAAUGUCACUAUCCCGCAAAAAGAUAUGGGCGAGGUUUUGGCCAGCUUUGACAAGAGCAUCCAAGACCAUGUCCAGCAACUCACUAUCCUGUAUCCGCUGAGCGUACACACCCUUGAGCUUCCCGCCUCAGAUGAUGGUGCUUUGGGCUUCACUUUCCUAGGUGUCGUUGAGAGCGCUGCCGAGCAUCUGCGUGACAAGAUCGCCGCAUGGACAUCCUGGCUCCUUCUGCUGCCGCCAGCGAAUCGAAACAGAAAGACAUGCAACCAUACACUCUGCUCGACCUACAAUCUCGAACAAAACCUGACGAGGAGGAGGCACCCAUCCUAUCUUCGAACGCCAUGCACAAUCUUCUGCCAAGCGAAGACAGUGAAGCGACUUUGGUCUUUCCCCUUGAACCUCACAACCAAAGGCAUCCCAAUCUAUCCAACUGGUGUUUCCCAACUAUGCACAACCAGAGUCCGCCUAGCCCGGGUCAGCUAGAUAUCUCACCAUCAUAUGGCUCAUUCGAUCUCAACACGAUGUCACACGCUGCUCCUGUCCACGGUCUUCAGUCUAGCAGCGAAACAAUAGCAGACGUUGCGGCUAGUUCGAGCGAUGAUCGAGGCGUCCACCUUGGCACUGAAGCCACCUUCGAGCCUUGUAUCGAAUACAGCCCUGGUGAUGUUGGGUUAUUUGUCGAGUCUAGCAACCAGGCAAGUCCCAUAUCAAAUCUCCAAUCAUUGGCCGACUCCGCAAUCGAAGGGAGAGCAAACAGCCAUCCUGGGCACGGUCUCUUAGCGGCCAUCGAUCCCAGCCGUGGCCACGACAGUGAACUCAGAGCCAAAAGCGACACCGAGUCUCACGCCUUUGAUAUCAAGAUUCAGCCUGGCAUCAGUGUCGAAUUUGAUACCGACGCUGAGUCUUCUAACGAUAUGUUGGCUGCCCCUGGGACAGAGACUAGUCACAAAGAGGAUACCGAGACGCGCCAUGAUGGGAAACAUCGCCGUCAUUUAGAUUCAGUUGACAAAUUGAUCGACAUAGCGGUUGAGCACAUCGACGCUAGGAACCUGUUUUGUCAGAACCCAGCACAGUUCAGACAGAAGCUCGGUCAAUUCCGCCCGAGAACGUUCGUUGACGACACCGCCCUACUGCAGCUUCUUCGUAUGAUCUCUGAGGAUACCAAACUCCGAGUCGUCGACCCUCUGCACCUGAGACUCGGCGAGCCUUUUCCUUCUUCUUUGCUCCAAGAAAUCUCUGUGGACCUCGAUGGACUCGUGGUGCCCAUCAACGUCAAUGCAUCAGACCAAAUGUCAGAUGCGAACAUGGAUCACUGGGUUCUCGCAGUCGCUAAUUGGAGCACACGGACAUUCGAUGCUUUUGGGAUGCAAAGGGACUCAUUCCACUAUUGGUGCUCAAGGAUAGAGUCACUUGCGUCGGAAAUUUCUGGGGAGCCUGUCAAGUUUCGCAAGAAGUCCCAUGAGGUAUGACAGAACACCCUCCCCUUACUAUAUCGUCGCUAAGCUGUGUUUAGCUUGGGCCUUACGUCGAUGACUCCUGUUGUGCUUUCCUCUGUUCUUAUGCAUUGGACCGCUAUGUCAGUGCAA